AUGCCUCCUAAAAGGAUCCGGACUACUGAAGGCUCGUGCUGGAGUUGUAAACAACGACGAGUCAAGUGCGACCUUCAAAAGCCCAGCUGCCGGAAAUGCCUGGAUGCUGGUGAGAAAUGCAACUACAACAAGAUCGUCCUCAAAUGGAACACCCGUCCCACCAAAGGCGCCCCUGCUGCGAAUCAAUUAUGUUUGUAUCAUCAGUCUCUCCCAGGCUCUCUGGGUUACUCACUAGCCACCAAUGAAAAACGAGCCAUAGAAUACUUUCGACUGAGGGUCUGGCCAUUAUUUCACAUGUCUGAUACACCAUGUCAAGCGCCUGUUGCUCUUGCAUUGGGUGACCGAUCUGUUUUAUUGGCCACAUGUGUCCUUGCCGAUUCUCACCGUGUCUUGCACGAUGGAAGGCAUAGCAGAGAGAAUGUUCAAAGCAAGAGACUGCAUUGUUUGAGCACUUUGAGGAAGCAAUUGGCUGAAGUAUCCAAUGGCGAAAUGCUUCUGUCCUCUCUUCUGGUCGCAGUUCUACUCUUGUACUUCUCCGACGGCUAUGUGGAGUGCAAUCAGGAAUCUGCGUCUACCUCGAGUCAUCACGCCGGAGCUAGAGCUAUCAUCAAUUCUAUGGGCGGACUACCGACCAUCAUGAGUGGUGCAGACACUUCUAUCAAGAUGCUUCUCUCGGAGUUUGCAACAACCGAUGUGACCAAUGCUUUACUCCACGGCCGAGUCCCUUGCUUUCCCUCUGAUGCUUGGGACGUGAUGGAUCCUGAUGCUGUCUGGUGGGAUAAAUCUUCAGUUGGGAUGGAAUCGUUCGAUACCAUCUUCAAGAGGAUGUCUGAGCUUGCCUUCUAUCGUGAUCUCGUCGAAAGAGAUCCCAGUCUAUUCACCAUGGAGAGAGUUCAGGAGUUUGAAGCUGCACUUCACCCAGCAUACGCUACCAUGGCAACCAAUACUCUAGCGGAGUUAGACUCUGAAGGGGAUAUUCAUCUUGUGGAUGAGGACAUAGUUCCUUAUCGUACUCUUUGUCGAGCUUUCCAACACAGUGCCAAUCUUUAUCUCUACCGCGCUAUUUGCAAUUUACCAACAAUACAUCCCUUAGUGCAGCAGCAUGCCCAGGCUUGCUUGGAUUGUAUUACCGGAUUGCCACCUGACAGCAAGGCGCUGAACUGCGCCCUUUAUCCGAUUCUGACUGCAGCAGCUCAUACCCUGUCGGUCUCUAACCAGCAAUUAGUGAUACAGAAAUUGGAUAUGGUUUACGAAAAUUUGAAAUUCGACUCUGUCACAACCAUCAAAUUAUCGUUGAGGGAGCUUUGGGGUUCAGCACGACAACAUGGAUCGUGGAAUGAUAUGUUUUCAGGUCUCAAGCAACAAACAUUGGUUUUGUAA